UUCUUAGUGCCUAUAAUUUGGGCUUGAAAUUUGCUGGUGUGAUAGAGCAAAUGAUUCUCUACAAAAUGGGUAUUCUUCCAGGCUCUCUACGACAUUUUUUCAUCGAACUACAUUAGAUUUACGGAAGGUCUCAGAUAGAAUUUUUUCUCACGUCGUUCUCCUUCCAAUGAUCACCAAAGUGUUCAAACUGCCAUCACAAACGAGCGUGCGUCUGAUCAAUCUAUCGAUAUAUUCGAGACAUUAUUUUCUCAUUGUUGGCUAUUUUCAAUCCUAUAGAGCCUAUGUCGCACAAUUGUUCGUACUAUCAACGAUUUUUUGAAAUGAAUCUGAAAAGUAGCACUUUUGUCUAUAAAAAUAAAAGAAAAACUUGAAGAGUUAAAGUGUGAUAUCUAAUCGCAACCACCUUGUCCGUUUACACUUACAAGUUAGUUAGUCUCGAAAGUUUAGUUUAGUGUCAAACAUAAAAAUUCUUCAUCAUAAAGAUUGAAAUCUAUUCAUUCUCUUUAUAUAUGAAUUUCCAUUCGAUAUUUCAUUUCUUAACUUCAGAAACAAUAAAAUGAUAUAUUCUUUUUCUAUUGUAACUUUUAUUUAAUCAUUUAUAUAUAUAUAUAUCUAAUGAAAAUUUUAUUGUUCUAGUGCAACAAAAGCAUGUUUUCUUUCUUCAUUAAUAUUCUUAUUAUAUCGUAUUGGAUUAUUACAAUUUGAACAUGAAUUAAUUUAUUUAUGUGUUGCUUCAUUAUUUAUAUAUGUACGAAUUAUAACAUUAUUUUUUAAACAAUAUGAUCCAUUUAUACCAUUUGAAAAUCUUUCAUCUGGAUUAUUAUUUAAUAGUUGGAUUGAAAUAAUUUCUGAUGCAUAUCGACGUGCAACUCUUCCAAAUAGUUUAUCUACACCAGCUGUAACAUCAUCAACUGGUCUUUCACCAUUAAGUAGUACAACAGCAUUAAUGAAUACGAAAAAAGAUGGUAUUAUUAGUGAUGGACAAAUGAAAGGAUUUGAUGGAAAAAAACGAGAUUAA